AUGUUACAAAGAAUUUAUAAAUUUUUAGUAGGAUAUUCUGGUCUAUUAAUUACAACAAAAACAUUAUAUUCAAUGUAUCAAACUUAUAAGGAGAAAGUAUGUAAAGUUGAAGAUUCAUCUAGUGAUUAUAAAUUGGUUGAAUUUAAACAAAAAGAUGAAAAUAAACAUUCAAAAUACGAAAAUGAUUUUUAUAAUUUGUCUGAAGAAGAUAUUGUUAGAAUAAGAUACUUUAAAGUGACUUAUAAGAUUUGGAAAUUUGAUGAAAGAACACCAGUUGGAUAUUCAAAAGAUUCAAUAAGACAAAAAUUAAUCACAAAUAAUAGUAAAUUUGAUCAUAGCAUAUGUGUAUCUAAAAUUCAGUAA